UUCACUCUUGAAGAAAACAAUACUCCAUCAUGGCACCUAUCACUUCUUCUGAAACUGGAAACAAAAAUGAUAGUCAAAAGCGGCCACACUACAAACCCAAUUACAUCCCUGAUCCUAAUUAUGUCCGCAUCCUCGACACCACCCUCCGCGACGGCGAACAGUCCCCGGGCGCUGCCAUGGCUCCCCACCAGAAGCUCAACAUCGCCCGCCAGCUUGCUAAGCUUGGCGUGGACGUCAUCGAGGCAGGGUUUCCCUGUUCGUCCAAGGAUGACUUCGCUGCCGUAAAGAUGAUAGCAGAAGAGGUAGGAAGCAACGUCGAUGAUGAUGGGUACGUGCCGGUCAUCGCCGGUGGUGCGAGAUGCAAUGAGAAGGACAUAGAAAUAGCUUGGGAAGCUGUAAAGGCGGCAAAGAGGCCAAGGAUCAGCACGUUCAUCGCCACGAGUGAGAUCCACAUGAAGCACAAGCUUAAAAAGACGAAGGAAGAGGUUCUUGAUCUUGCAUGUAGAAUGGUCAAGUUUGCACGGUCUUUGGGCUGUGAUGAUGUCCAAUUUAUCACUGAAGAUGCUGUCAGAUCAGAGAAAGAGUUCCUUUAUGAAAUUCUUGGAGAAGUUAUAAAAGCUGGAGCAACAACUAUUGAUAUACCCGAUACUGUUGGUAUAGCAAUGCCAUGGGAAUAUGAGAAAUUAAUUGCAGAUAUAAAAGCCAAUACAGAUGGAAUUGAAAAUGUUGUUAUUGCAGCACAUUGUCAUAAUGAUUUUGGACUAGCUGUUGCUAACACAAUAGCGGGUGCACGUGCUGGUGCAAGACAAUUAGAAGUAACAAUGAAUGGAAUUGGAGAAAGAGCUGGUAAUGCUGCACUAGAAGAGGUUGUGAUGGCCUUAAAAUGCAGGGGUGCUACUGUCUUUGAUGGUUUAUAUACAUCAAUAAACACAAAGCAUAUAUUAAAGACAAGCAAGAUGGUUGAAGAUUACACUAAUAUGCAUUUACAACCGCACAAAGCUCUUGUAGGUGCCAAUGCCUUUCUUCAUGAAAGUGGCAUUCAUCAGGAUGGAUGGUUAAAACAUAAAGCUACAUAUGAAAUAAUACCCCCGGAAUCCAUUGGGUUGGAAAGAUCUAAUGAAGUUGGCAUUGUAUUGGGAAAACUUAGUGGACGACAAGGCUUAAUGAAGCGUCUUGAAGAGCUUGGUUAUCACCUUAAAGAAAAUGAAAUUGAUAGUGUCUUUUGGAAAUUUAAAGCAGUAGCCGACAAAAAAAAGAGGGUAACUGAUGUGGACCUUAGAGCAUUGGUAUCAAAUGAAGUUACUCAAGUGAAAUCUAUUUGGAAACUUAGUGACAUACAGGUGACUUGUGGAACUUUGGGUCUUUCAACAGCAACUGUUAGACUCAAUAAUACCAUUGAUGGAGGCAUACAUGUUGCUUGUUCUGUUGGUUCAGGUUCAAUAGAUUCAAUUUUCAAAGCAGUGAAUCUUAUUAUAAAGGAAGCUAUAAAACUUGUUCAAUAUACAUUGACUACAAUGAUAGAAGAUGUUAAUGUUGUUAUCACUACAAAUGUUAGCAUUUGUAGAAUGAAUAACCACACAUCUACUCAUUCAUUAGUUGAAGAAAGUAUUCAACCAAUUUUUAGUGGAAUUGGAACAGGAAUAGAUGUUGCUGUUUCCAGUGUUGAAGCUUAUAUUGCAGCUGUGAACAAGAUGUUGGAUUCCAAGAAAUAAUUUAUAUAUAAUAAUGUUUGAUAAAAUUAUUAUAAUUUCUACAUUUAAGAGUUGAGAUAUUAUAGUUACAUUAUAAACAUUUACUCCUUUGAAUUUA